AAACAUUAAGUGUUAUUUUUGUGACUUUUGACUUUGAGUGCUAGUUUGGAAACAAAAACAUGAUAUAGUGCUAUUUUGUCUUUUUCUCUUCUUUGAAAUACUCGUGUAUUAUUCUAUUUAUUACUUUUUGCAUUUAUAAAUUAAUCUAAUGAAUAUAUUUUAAGAACUUCAUUAAGAAUUCAUACGUUUAAUUAAUUACAAACAAUAUUUUUUUAUGCCAAAAAAAACAUUUGUUCGAUGACAAAAAAUUGUCCGAAGGUAAUACUAGAGCUUUAAAUUGUUACGAAAUACAUCAUCUAUAUCUUUAUAGUUAUAUGACAACAAAACUCAACAAACUUGACAUUCUUUUAUUUAAAGCUUUUUAACUUGACAUUUUUUCGUGUUUUUCUUAGAUUUUCGAGAAUCCUAAUAUUUUGGUUAAAAAAUAUUGUUUAAAAUAAACUGAAUUCUAAAUCUAACCUGAAUCUAGGAAAAUGUAAUAAAAAUCUGAUUCUAUGUUCCGUUAUAUCAAAACGAUUAUUAUGUAAGGAUAAUACUGAAAAAUCUAAACUAGAUAACAAAAUCACUAAGAAAAUAAGGAAACAUGUUUUGUUUAUAUACAACUAGUUAAGAGCCAGCCACUCUCAUGUACAAAGUCUCCACUCACUACACGCCCUAGCCUCUCGAAGAUCAUCAAUCCUUAAACAACAAGAAACACGAUGGCUUUGGUUAGAAACAAUCGAUUCAUGAAUCUCAAGCUUUCUCUUCCACAAGCUCCUUCCACUUCCCUCCCUUGCUUCAUCCCCAUCGCAACAGCCUCCACAACAGUUACGUCCAACACAAGCAACACCGUCUCUGCUUCUGAUUUGGAGAGAGUCAACGUUCUAGGCUUUGGAAGCGGUGGAACCGUCUACAAAGUCAGCCACAAGACAACCUCGGCGACCUACGCGUUGAAGAAGGUCAAAGAAGACAUGGAUUCUACUUCCCGCCACCAACUCCUACGCGAGAUAGAGAUCCUCCGCCUUGUCGACUCUCCUUACGUUGUAAAGUGUCACGACAUCUACGAGAAACCUUCCGGAGAAGUAUCUAUUCUGAUGGAGUACAUGGACCUAGGCACGCUAGAGUCUCUACGUGGCAACGUCGUCAAAGAGGAACAGCUAGCUUUGAUCGCACGUCAAGUUUUGAAAGGGUUAAGUUACUUGCAUGGGCUCAAGAUUGUUCAUAGAGACAUCAAGCCAGCGAACCUGCUACGUAACUCGAGAGAAGAGGUCAAGAUCGCAGACUUUGGAGUGAGCAAGAUCAUGGUCAAGUCGUUAGACAAAAGCAACACGUUCACCGGCACGUGCGCCUAUAUGAGCCCCGAGAGAUUCGACAGUGAAGCUGCUGAUGUUUCGGAGGAAGACAAAUCAAACGUUUACGCUGGAGAUAUUUGGAGUUUUGGUCUGACCAUGCUGGAGAUCUUGGUCGGUCACUUCCCUCUGAUUCCUCAUGGAGAGAAACCAGAUUGGGCCACGCUUAUGUGCGCUGUGUGCUCUGGAGAAUCACCGAAAGCUCCUGAGGAAUGCUCUGAAGAGUUGAAGAGUUUUAUUGAUUGUUGUUUACGCAAGAAACCUAGCGAGAGAUGGACAGCUUCACAGCUUCUCGGCCACCCUUUUCUUCUCCAGCAAGAUUAGGGUUAGGGAUACAUCUAUGAAGUUCUUGUGUUUUAUUUAAGAGAAGAACUCAAUAGAUUCUUGGUCAAUCAGACCUAUAUUUUGAUUUUACUCUUGUAAAAAAGAUGUAUAUUAUAAGGGUGUCCACAUUGGAGAUCUGCACUCUUUGUAUAUUUUAGGUUUCUUCAAGUUUUAUUUAAAAACAUGAUAACAAACGAAAAAGACAACAAUGGUCUUUACUGAAUGAGAUUUUUUUCAGAUUCAUAUAGUUUAUUCCUAACAAACCAAACACUAGUUAAGGGCUGUAAGCCUGUGAGUAAAAAUUAUUUCUCAGAUUUGGUUUACUCAUGCAGUGACAAGCUUAUUCAAUAAUACUGCCUUAUUCUGUAUGGUUUCCCAUGUUACUAUGUUUUGUAUUUGAUACAAUACAACUAUGUCAAUUUUACUAUUAUGUGAGUAAAUUCUCUUUGCAAUAACCCACAUACUGAAUGUUUUAAGAAUAUAUGUGAAAUUACUCUUGAAUGUUACUCUUGAAUGCUAACACAUUCUCAAGGUUGUGAAUGAUUUUGUUCUCUUGGGCUGACUUGUUAGCUCAAGACCAAGACGCCAUGCAAAUCCGUUUAUUCUUUACACAUUGUUUUAUUAUACUGUAUAUGGUUAUAGUUUUUUUUACAGGGAAUGGUAAAAAACAAAUGUCUAUGUAAACCAACCUAAAAGUAUAUUGAGUAAGAAAGUUUUCAUGAACCAAUCUCAGAAUAUAAAUCCCAGAUAAUAUACACUUCAUUAAGCUAAAAUGUAUUGAAAAAUAAACCAAUACUAAUCUAAGGUAAGGAAAACAUAUUUUUAUAUUAUCGUAUCUAAAAUUGUUAGGUAAUGCUAGACACCUACUGUUAUAAUACCUUUCGAUAACUAUAACAUCAUGCUUCAAUCCUUUUAGCCAAAAUAUCUAAAUUGGAUUUGUCAUAAAAUAAUUACUGUUUGAUUUUAUAUUUGGAAGUAAUUGAUUUUCUUUUACCCAAUCUCCUCUUAUUUAUUUUAUGAUCCAAUUUUGUAAACAAAACAAAUCUACUUUUAUUCCCAAAUUACUUUUCUAUAGAAUUUUAUAAUAAGUUGCCUCCUGCAGAUAAAUUGGAGCGGCGGUGCGGCCAAUGACAAUACAAAACAUUAGCAUGUGACGCCAAUCACCACCAUACAUCACAAAUUAAAUAUCAAACGGAAAUGACAAAAACACCCCCAACACCACACCGACGCGACUACUGAAAUCGCUUGGUUG